CAUUAUCGAAGGUGAAAAACAAACACUAAUUUCUAAUGUUUCUCGGUGAAUGACACAUGUCGAUCCACAGCGCAUAGAACAAGGGGUUACUCUAGCAUAACGCGUUCCCCUAGAUACAUGUUCGUUAGUCUAUUAUUACUUGGUCUACACGGCUAGAGAAUAGUGUGGAGUGAGGGAGUGUCUCUUUCGCAUUCUAAUCGAUCCAUAACUCUUUCAACCUUUAUUUGAACGGUGUGAGGGUUCUGCGGUUUGGUUGACGUUUGAUACCGGUUUCAGUCGCACGGGAGCUACGAUAAAGGAACGAAAUGGAAAAGCCACCAAGUGUCCCACCACCGCCGGAGCCGGAACCGGAGCCGGAAAAUUUGCACGAAAUGUACAUCGAUCACUGUUUCGAGCGCAUCCGCCAGGUACGGUUGGUGAAGCAAGUGAUCGUGAUGAACGAGAAUGGCCAUCCGGUACGUAGCACGAUCGAAAACACGGAGGAUGCGAUCACUGCUGCCGGUCUGUACGCGAGUUUGAAGGAUAAAGCCUGCUACAACCUGAAAUCGAUCGAUGCGGACGAUGAGUUUGUGAUGCUGCGUAUCAAAACGCGCAACAACGAGGCCAUCAUCAGCACCGAUCCGGAGCAUGGAUUGAUGUACAUAACGGUGCAAGUACCAGAGUGAGAGUGAAUAAGGCUUUUAAAGGACUGAUUGGGCAAUCUUUCUUCUAAAUCAUCUUAACUAGUGCAAUGAUAGUAAGA